AUGACUACUGAUAAAUUACCAGACCUUGUAAUGGAAAUUAUUUUUUCUUAUUUGAAUCAGUACGAUGAUCUUGACAAUGUCCGGUUGGUUAAUCGUCAAUGGUGUCGCAUUGCAUGCACUGUUAUUCGCAUUUUCAAGAAAUCUUUUCUUCGUUGCAAUCAGAUGACAUGGGAGCUACAGAAAACUGUAGAAAACGAAGAUGAAAGUAUUAUUGCCAAACGGUGCUCCCACGCAAGUUGUUAUCACGAUGGAUCUAAAAAACUGUACAUAUUCGGUGGAUGUACCGAUAAUUAUACCGCUUUUAACGAUCUCUGGAGCUUUGAUUUGAAAUCACGAAAAUGGUCCAGAGAAUUUAUCAAAUGCGCACCGUUUCCGCGACCCAAGGCGAUGUCUAUUUUUGUACCUUACAAGGAGUAUCUUAUUCUUCAUGGUGGGUUUUCAAAAUCUUCACCCAAUCCAAUUCAUCAAGCUGCUAAUUUUUACAAUGAAAUGCACAUGUAUGAUACCAAAACAAGCGAAUGGGUUGAGUUUGAAACAGAACCUUCACCUCCUAUGAUUGCAAGCCAUUGUGCCUGUGUCGUAGACGAUUUCUUGGUGAUUUUCGGUGGUUCUCAUAACAGCCGUGCUACCAAUUCCGUUUAUGUUUUGGAUAUUGUCAGUAAAACUUGGCAUAUUCCAUCUAUUGCUAAAAGAUCAAACUUGAUAGCAGAGCUCUCUUCACAUUUAUUAGAACCAGCUCCUCGUUAUGGUAGCUCAUGUGUGCUCAUUGACAAGUCACAUCUGCUUGUGAUUGGCGGCUGUGGUGGUCCAAACUGUAUUUACAAUGAUGCGUGGCUUCUAAAAUUCGAUUUGACGUUGUGCACUGCAUGGGAAUGGAAACAAGUUACUAUAACAAAUCCUAAAUCAGGUCCAUCUCAGCUUUGGUGUCAUCCAGCAUGUCCAGUCGGACAAAAUCUUGCAUGUAUAAGUUAUGCAAAAAAACAAAACAAAUAUAAAGCAGUCAGUCUCGAUUUAUGUUCAGCACCAUUCCAUAUAACUUCAAGAAAUCCAAUGCGUGCCCUUCCACGUUCAAUAAUUACUGGUUCACCAUCUGUGUCUAGAAGUAUGAAUUACCAGUCCUCUACUAAUUUCGGAAGUCUGUUCCUUGAUUUUAGCAGUCGCCAGCGUGGCAAUGGACUCUUGCGUUGUAAAAAGCGUCCAGGAACUGCUUGUGUUUAUGUACUCAACACUGCUAAAGUCUUGGAGGAUCAGACAGUGACAUGGUUGCAGCAAGAUAUUGAUUUGAAUGCACCUGAUGACACAAUGCUUUACUCAUUAUCAGCUGGCCGUGGAGAACUAAUAAUGUUCGGCGGAAUGCGUAGCGAUAUGCGAGAUGAUGGUUCUAAUCCAUUUGUUCAUAUAAUUACCAACGAUGUAUAUAUUUUAAGACCGUUCCGAUCAGUCUAA